AUGCAGAAAACGCGUCAAUCUAUCAUCCACCUCGUGCCCCGUGUCGGCAACAGCAUCCGCGACCCCUUCACGGAGGUCGGCGUUACCCCAAGAUGCCUCAGGCGCCUGCAGCUCCUCAGCGGCGGCUGGGUCCGCGUGUAUCCGGCAGCAACAACAGCAGCAACAGCAGCAGCGUCCACAACGACUCAUCCCGCCUUUUCCAGCAGAAGCCCGCAUCAUCUCCCACCACACGACGUCAGCCCGAGACCUCUCGAGAACCAGGCAAUAGGGCUCUUGUGCCGCGUGGUCGCCGUGAGCAAUGGCUCGGUGGGUGACAGCGGUGAUGAUCGACGGGGUGGCAGCGGGGGUGUGCGCCCGCUAGCGGAUGACGAAGCGCUCAUCCCACCCUCAGUCGCGUUCAACGCGGGACUCGGGCCGUAUUCGGACCACGUAAUCCUUCGUUGGGCAAGCAACAGCGGAGGCAACAACGGCGGCGGAAACAGCAAGCAUGGGGCCGCUUUGUUGCACAGCCCCCCGGCGAUAGCUUGCGCGGCCUCGGUUUCCAGGGUGAAGAAGCCGAGACCCACCGGGGUACCCGGUGGCGGCGGCGGCGGCAGUACGGCGAGGAGGGCGAAGGCCCACGCGCUGGCGCUUACGUCAUUUUUCUCGGCGCCCCGGGUUCUCUGUGUCGGGGACAUUUUCGGGGUUCCCAUUCCGCGCCCGGGCAGCAGCACCACCGGGGGGUGUUGGUGGCAGGAGCUGCAGGAAAAGGAUGGCGAUGAUUCGGACUGCGAGGAAGGCACUGACCCCCCCAGCCCGGAUGAGCGCGGGUGGGGCGCGGCAGAGGAGGCGGUGACCGCUGAGGCGGCGCCGGCGGGUUCGGCGGGUUCGGUACCACGCGAAGAUGUCCCGGAGAGAAGCGCCGCAAGCGAUUGGAUUACCGCAAGGGGUGAUGGACUCGGAGGAAAUGUCGACGGGGGGUCGUCGGACAGGAGGCAGCCCGCCCGCGCUCCCCCACCAAGGCGACGACGCGAAUCUGUGGCUCAGAGGUUCAGGGCCGCGAUCGUUCGGCAAGGCUCCGAGCUGGUGUUCUUUCGCGUCACCGAGCUUCGUGGAGCGGGUACCCGCGGCGGCGGUGCCGGAAGAUCUAGUGAAGAAGCAUCGCUAGGGCUCGCCGCUGGCAACGACGAGAGGUUUGAGCAAGAGGGCAGCCCAGAGGCAGAGGCGGCGGCAGGCAUGGUGGUUAGCCAACGGGUGACGGAGCUGCGGGAGGGAGGGCCGAUCUGCUCGCCGGUGCCGGAGACCUUGCGCUAUCAGCGGUUCGUCUGCCGGGCGAACGGAUACCCUUGCCCCGAGGCAAAGCCGCCUUUCGACGAGCGCUGCGUGGAGGCGGUGGUUGCCGCGCUUGCUCCGGUCGUAGGCCCGGAGGCGUUUCGGCUGCUGGUGGUGGCCCGCUCGCGGCCCGCGGUGCUGCUUCACGGCCCGGGGGCCGCGGAAGGCGGCGGGAGCCUCGUGGAGGCGGCGGCAGAACGGCUUGGGAUGCACGUCCGGACCGUGGCGAUGCGCUCGGUCCUCGGAUCAGCCCCGCAUGCCGGCGGCGCGGGUUUCGCGGCCGGGGGCGCGGCUGGCGCGCUGCGGCAGGAGUUCCAAGCCGCCAUGGAGGCGUCUCCGUGCGUUCUUCACCUCCGCGGCAUCACGAGUCUAGCCGCCGGGGCAAGGCAGGACCCCGGCGGGGAGGAAGCCGACGAGCGGUUCGUCGAGUCGCUCUCCGCGUGCUUGGAAAAGAUUGAUAGCGCGGCGGCUGCUGCUGCUGCUACGAUGCCGGGAGAAGGGCGGGGGUCCCGGCGUGUGCAAGAGAGAGGUCGGUCACUCCCGUCUUCGUCGUAUGUGGCAGCGGGGGCGGUGGUGCUGGUGGGGAGCGCCGAGUCGCUCGAGAGAGUGCCUGUGUCGCUUCGGCGGUGCUUCACGCAUGAGGUGCUGGCCCCUUUCCCCCCUGAAAAGCUCCGACUGUCUCUUCUGGAGCACCACUUGGGAGGCGUAACGACGGCGGAGUGCAUCACCAGGGAGGCUUUGAAGGGACUGGCCAGGCGCCUCUUGGGCCGCUCCGCCACGGAGAUUCAAACCCUCGUGGCGAACGCGGGCGGGGAAGCCUUAGCCCGGUCAUUCGGCGGCCCCGGCGUGGACUGGCUCGCCGUGGCCGAGUCCGAGGCGGCCAAGGCACAACAACAAAAUGGAAGGGGCCGGCCGUCGGUCGUCAGCGGAACAGCAGCCGCUGGCGGAGCGGAAAGAGGCGGAGACUCUGUCGGCGGUGAGGGUGGCCGCGGCAAGUUGGUGUUGACGCUGACGGACCUCGAGAAAGGGGAAAAACGGCUCCCGGCCCCGAGCAGCAGCAUGAAGAUGGGGUGUCCGAAGAUCCCACAGGUGAAGUGGGAUGAUAUCGGGGGUCUGGGGUCCGUGAAGCGCGAGAUUCUGGACGUGAUCGAGCUGCCCCUCAAGCACCCCGAGGUGUUCGGCAAGGGCGUCAAGCGGAGGGCGGGGAUAUUGCUCUACGGACCCCCCGGCACGGGGAAGACGCUGCUGGCCAAGGCCGUUGCCACGGAGUGCGGGCUGCCCUUCUUCAGCGUCAAAGGCCCAGAGCUCCUGGACAUGUAUGUGGGAGAAUCCGAGCGCAACGUGCGUGAAGUGUUCGCGCAGGCCCGACUCGCCGCGCCGUGUGUCCUAUUCUUCGACGAGCUCGAUUCCCUCGCGCCGGCGAGAGGCCGAGGAGGAGACUCCGGAGGCGUUAUGGACAGGGUUGUUGCACAGCUACUGGCCGAGCUCGACGGCGCGGCAUCAGCAUCCUCCUCCUCAGGCGGUAGCGGCGGCGGCGGCGGCGGCGGUGGCGGAACCGAUUCCGAAGGGGACGACGACGAGAGCAAGGUCCACCGGCACCAGCGGCAUGGACAAGACGAGAGCUAUGAUGGUGAUGGCGGCGGAGGUGGCGACACCGUGGGUGAAGAGACUGUGUUUGUCAUAGGGGCGACCAACCGGCCGGACCUGCUGGACCCUUCUCUCAUGCGGCCCGGGAGGUUCGACAGGCUGCUGUACCUGGGGGUCAGCGGGGACCGAGAGACCCAGACAAAGGUGCUGCGAGCUAUCACGAGGAAGUUCGGGUUCGAGGAGGAGGAUUCGGAGCACGGGGUGGAUCUCGCCGAGAUCGUACGAGAUCGCAUCCCUCCCCAGUUCACGGGGGCAGAUCUCUCGGCGGUUGCCUCGAAUGCCUUACAGCUGGCACUUCGACGCCGGGUCGCGGAGAUUGAGGCUGAGGUUGCGGAGACGAAUGCUCGUGAGCUGUACCUGCGCCCGGUCACCCCGCAGCAGCUUUUGGCGCGCCUUUCCGAAGACGAGCUGGCCGUUAAGGUCUCCAGGGAGGACCUCGAGGCGGCCUGUCUAUCGGUGACGCCGUCGGUGUCCGAGGACGAGCUUCGGCACUACGAGCGCAUGCGCCUGCAGUUCAGCGGCGAUGGCGUUGAUGACUCUACCGCGGCAGAAGCAAGGGGGGCGUGGAAACCGGCUGCAAGAAUGGCGUGAGACCCUGCGCGCGCAAUGGUCUGAACUAUGCACGUGCGUAGUUGGCCAGCGGGUGUCUCAAACAUGUCCACAGCAAGAGGAGAAGAAAAGGCGGCCGACGGGUAGUUGUUCUUCAACCACGAUCCAGGGCGAUGUUUCGUUCGACGUGCAACCAUGGUAUCGAACUCGCCGCAGGAUGUGUUGGCACGUGCGUGGUUGGCCAUAUGGCCAGCGGGUGUGAGUU